GAAGGGCUCUGGUCAGCCUGAAGUGAAGGGUCACUGAGCUCAGACACUCUCCUUCCAUUGACUCACAAUUAUACACAAAUAGGGGAAAGUCACACACAGACACAUCUGCACAACGACACAUAUACAUUCACAUUAACACUCAUUUGGUACACUCGCAAAGAAUCAUCUGUGCAUAAACGCAGAAACACAUUCAUACACAAGCCCUCUAAACAGGAUGAGGGAACCCUGGAGGUGCCUGCUGGGCCUGUGCCUUUUGGCAUGCUCAGCCUCCAUCCACAGUGCCACCAAUCCCUUUGCAGGUCAGCAGACUCCUCCAGACCCUUGCUACGAUGACAAAGGCACAGCCCGCCGAUGUAUUCCCGAGUUUAUCAAUGCUGCCUUUGGCAAAGAGGUGAUGGUGUCCAGUGUAUGUGGCCGGCCUCCAUCCCGUUCCUGUAGUGUGGUGGAGCGGGGCGAUGAUCGGCCUUCUGUGCGCACGUGCCAAAUCUGUGAUGCAGCUGACCCUCGCCGUGCCCACCCUUCUUCCUACCUCACUGACCUCAACUCAGCCCACAACCUCACCUGUUGGCAGUCAGAGAAUCUGAACACCUCGCCAUACAAUGUGACCCUCACCCUUUCACUAGGUAAAAAGUUUGAGAUCACCUAUGUGAGCCUGCAGUUCUGUUCACCUCGACCUGAGUCCCUGGCCAUAUACAAGAGCAUGGACUACGGCAAGACCUGGAUGCCCUACCAGUUCUACUCCUCACAGUGCCGUCGUAUGUACAAUCGGCCCAACAAAGCAACCAUUACCAAGCAGAACGAACAGGAGGCUUUAUGCACAGAUGGCCACACUGACCUCUACCCGCUUUCUGGAGGACUGAUUGCUUUCAGCACUCUGGAUGGACGGCCCUCCGGCAAAGACUUUGACAACAGCCCAGUCCUUCAGGACUGGGUGACUGUCACUGACAUCCGUGUGGUCUUCAGCCGGCCCCAGCUACCUCGGGAACUAGGACUAGGGGCUGGAAGCAAUAGCGGAGGGAGGGACGACGACCCCACGGCGGUGACAUCAACACUGCCAACUUAUUUCUAUGCAGUGGGAGACUUCCAGGUGGGCGGGAGGUGUAAAUGCAAUGGACACGGCUCACGCUGUCUGAAAGACAAGGAAGGCAAACUGGUGUGUGACUGCAAGCACAACACAGAGGGACCUGAAUGUGACCGCUGCAAGCCCUUUCACUAUGACCGACCGUGGCAGAGGGCCAAUGCCCGCGAGGCCAAUGAGUGUCUGCCGUGUAACUGCAACCUGCAUGCCCGUCGCUGUCGAUUCAACAUGGAGUUGUAUAAGCUGUCGGGGAGGAAGAGCGGAGGGGUCUGCAUGAACUGCCGCCACAACACUGCAGGCCGCCACUGCCACUACUGCAAGGAGGGCUUUUACAGAGACAUGGCCAGGCCGAUCACUCACCGACGAGCCUGCAAAGCCUGUGACUGCCACCCUGUGGGCGCAGCAGGCAAGACGUGCAACCAGACCACAGGCCAGUGCCCCUGCAAGGACGGUGUCACCGGGAUCACCUGCAACCGCUGUGCCAAGGGCUACCAGCAGAGCCGCUCACCUGUGGCCCCCUGCAUCAAAAUCCCAGUGGUCAACCCCACAGCUGUGGUGAGCAGCACAGAGGAACCAGCAGAUUGUGAGCCCUAUUGUAAACCAGUGAAGGGCAACCUGAAGAUCAACAUGAAGAAAUAUUGCAAAAAGGAUUAUGCGGUCCAAGUGAACGUGCUGGACAUGGAGACGGUGGGGGACUGGGCCAAGUUCUCUGUUAACGUGGUGUCUGUGUACAAGAGCCGCGGCGAGCCCUUGAAGCGAGGCGACAACGUCCUGUGGGUACACAUGAAGGACCUGGCCUGCAAAUGCCCCAAAAUCCAGAUGAGCAAACGAUUCUUGGUGAUGGGCGGCGACAGUGGAACAGGCACAGGAGCAGGUCCGGGAGUAGGGCCUGGGGCUGGAGCCACCAGUCCAGGGGCGGAGCGCUUGGGCCUAAUAGCUGAUAAGAACAGCCUGGUGAUCCAAUGGAGGGACGUUUGGACGAGACGCCUGAGGAAGUUCCAGCGCAAAGAGAAGAAGGGGAAGUGCAGCAAAGCGUGAUGGGAAAGCAGACUUCAUCCCUACCUCUCCCUCCAUCGCCCGCCUUCAUGAACCCUUACCCAGUGAUCUCCCUCUCCCUCCCCCUGAAUCCUUUGUCUUCGCCCAUCACGGGACCACUGCACAUUAGAAAGACUGCAUGUACCCUACCUGUUUUAAGGACCAUGUUUUGUGUAUAUUGUAUAAUUAUUUUCCUUUUUAUUUUUCAAGUUUUGUCCUUGUUACGUCAGUUGUUGUUAUUUGUGUCCGAUUGGUUUGCCUUAAAAAGGGACCAUUAAAAAGGGUAUGAAGUGUAAACAAAAGCAGACGCCAUUCCCU